GUUGUUGUGUUGUCUUCUCUUUUCUCAAGUGUUUGCCCGCUAUAUAAAGGAGCCCCCGCUAGGAUUUUUACCGUAUCCUUGUCUUGGCCUACUAGAAACUUCAAAUUAUAAAUUCUGACAGUGUGGGUAUUUCAAGUUGAGCUGAAAGAAAGCGACGUCUGACUGCCCCCCCAACACGAUGGCCACACAACUGCAGUUUGUGUUUGUCUGUCUUUUUGUCUGUUUCACCUGUCUUAUCAACGCCAGGUCGAUUAAAAGUGAACUGGAAGGUAAGUUAGCAUUAGUUGUUUCGUGAUGUUAAACUUCAGAGCGCUCAUUGCAUUUUUUUUUAAAGUUAAAAAAAAAACAACAAAAAAAAGAACCAGAUGGUGGAUUCCAAAUCGGAGUUCGGUCCCUUUGGUUGGGGUCAAGUCAUAAAAAUUUGCCCCGACCAAAGAAAGGGAAAUAAUGAUAUACUGCUGUGAUUUUUUUCCUGAAUGAACACGCCAAACGGUUAUAAAUAGUAACACGAAUAUAAGUGAAACGCGCAAAAAAGAAAUGUUGCGCAUAAACAAUUAAAUCAAUCGUCUAAGAACGACACCCAUGUAAAAUAUACAAGGAACGCACUUACAGGUGCUGUUAGACGUUGUUUCAUAAUUUAACUGUUAUUUUUUUUAACUCACGUCUCACCUGAGCACUUAAAAAUGUAUCCAGGGGCGUCAUUUCAAGUUUUUUUUUCAAAGUGGGGGGAGGGUCAAAAUCAAAACUUGGUCGGCUUGUUAAGUUGUAUAUUACUGGAGGCGCCACAGUACAUAACAAUUUAAAUAAAACUUGCAAAUUCGGGGGGGGGGGGGGGCAAAUUGCCAAAUGACGUCCUUGGCCGAAUGCCCCCACGCACUUUAAAUAAAUUCAACUACAAUUAAUAUAUAUUUAUAUUAACGUACACACCUUUUAACUUUUACUAGGGGGUGGGGGUGGAUUAUUGAGACUAAUUAAUGAAUUAGUAUGCAAUAAUAUAUUAAUGAAAGCUGAAGUAAACCGUUUUAGGUGCACCGAUUGUUUGUAUUCUUUUAGGCUAGUCUCCUUUCUUUAAAAAAAAAAAAUGUUUGAUCGCAGUCCAACCCACUUAUAAUGACUAAGAGGGGAAGUUGUGGUCGUAGACUCCGGGGUAGUUAACCAGAUACGGGUCACUAAUGGGGGUGGGGGUGGGGUGGGGGGGUGCUGACAUGUAAUGACAUCAUAAUUUACAGGAAGAGCCCCUUUAAUAUUUGGUAGAUCGAUUCGGAGGGCGGAGCUACAUACACAAAAAAUGAAAGAUAGUGAAGCAAAUAUUAAAAAUGAAGGCCAAUUCUCAGGAGAUUUCAUGACAUCGUGUUUCAAAUGUUGGACACAUUUGAUGGGAAAACUCUAUUUAUAUUGCUUUUUUUUUUUUUUUUCAUUUUCAAAUAAGUAAUGGAAAAUUGGAAUAUAGGGCGCGUAGAUAUCUGCAACAGUUGAAGAGGGUCCCGACAAUGGAAUAGAGUGUGUAGAUAUCUGCAAUAGUUGAAAGGGUCCUAACAACAGCACACUCGCCUAGAUUCAUGCCGUUGUUUUACAUGAAAUGAUCUUUGACUUUCUCCUCUAGGACUCGAAGACACAUUUGAGCCACUUGGAGAUGAGCCACGUCGGGGUAAGGUGUUUUGUGUGUGUGUGUCUCGUUGUUAGCCUGUUCCCUCUUAUGGCUCUCUCGUUAGUUACCCGUGCUCUCCUUCUGCAGUCUUGUUGUCUUCUCAUCUCGCCGUUAGGUUUGCCCUGUGAUCUUUAAUCUAAGCAUUAUUUCAAACACGGACAUUCGGAUAACCUUUAUAUUUACCACGAAGUAACAAGUAAACAGAUGGCACCACUGUAUACAGAUAAGCAAUAGCUGCAUGACAGUGGAUGUCAAUCUAAAAAGUCUUUUUUAAUGAAGUGUCUUAAUCUUGUACAGUGACCCUCAUUGAUGGUUGGGGGGAAAAAGGCAUUAUAUGUUUGUUUUCCUUAAGAGGGUGUGAACAUUAUCUUAUCUUUUCUUAUCUUAUCUCUGAUACUGGCGUAGGAAGUUGGGUGGGGAGGGGGGUGGCUUUUUUAAAAUCUUUAUAUGGCGGGGAUGGCUUUUUCGGACAACUGUACAGGGUUUGUUUCGCGGAGUGGGGCGGCCAAUUCUAAGCCUCCACGGGUUGCACCAGCACUAGCUACGCAACUUAAUCUCCAAUUGUCAAAUUAAUGCUAUUCCUUCAUGUCCACAGCCCACGCCGUGUUCAGGCGGUCCGCCCUCGUGGAGGAGAUCAUGGGUCCGCUGAGUAGAAACGUUCGACAGGUCAGCGAGACAACCAGGAGUCAGAGUAAGUUUACAGACGUUAGAGCAGACGACGAACGACGUCUCCGCCAAUAAGUACCGACUUCAGAUCGUCAUUAAAAAAAACAACAAAAAAAAACUUCACCGAAUGUCUUACAGUCUUUUCUCUGCCCCCAAUUGUAGAGACGGAACUAUUUUAUUGUUCAGCCUCCUAAUCGCUGUUAAGUUAAAAAGUAGCCUCACAACGUUAAUAUUAUCCAUAGAUCUCGCCAGGCCAUUGUAGCUUUACGGCAGCCACAGACCUCUUUAAGGGAUUGUCCCACGACGAAUCUGUCAAAAUAUAAUAUCAAGAUGUUUUAAAGCUUCGCCACACUGGGGAGAACGUGGUACAAUUUUUUUUUUUAAAAUCACUAUCUUCUGUUUUAAUUAUUCCUUGAUUACAUUUUGUAAAGAAAACAAAACGUUUACAUUUCUCAAGUUAUUUAUAGAUGGGACAGAAGUGGGAAAAAAUUCAUGUGACUUCGGUGGAAGUUAACCCAGGUAACUAACCAUUGGAACGUAUGUCGUCAGAAGAUGGUCUAUUCAAAAUCAGAAUCGAUAUUCUGAAACAAAUGUUGUGUUUUUGUUGUUUUUGUUGGUUUUGUUUUUUUUUUUUUGGAAAUCAGAAUCGAUAUUCUGAAACAAAUGUUGUGUUUUUGUUGUUUUUGUUGGUUUUGUUUUUUUUUUUUUUUGGUUUUUUAAAUUUCAAAUAAUUUCACGUAUGUUCUUUAUAUUCAAACACCAGUGGUCUACACGAGAAUGAGGAUCCUGCUGUCCCUACUCCGUAUGCAUCUUGGAGCCACGCCCAAAGUUGAGAUCUUCCAGUUCAACAAUUGGGAUAGAACUAUCAACAUUGACCAACUGUUCUAUGUCAAACCAAAAACCGUAUGGGAGGUAAGAACUCCCCCCCCCCUCUCCUUCUUCUCAAUCGUGUGCAACUAAGUAUUUUUAGUUGUGUGGACAUUUAUUGUACAUCUGAUUGCUGUUGAUUUUUAUAAUUAGAUCUGGUAUACAUGUAUUCUGAGUCAUAUAAUCGGUAGGUUUUCACAAAAUCGGGAGUGGGAGCAUGGGAGCUACUACGGCGAAGUCUUGGCGCCACAUUAUGUCUCUACCGAGAGUCUGUUACUUUUUCGAGUGGCGAGACUGACUGCAGGGGUGCACAUUGUAGAACGCCCCUUUCAUCUCACGACCACUGCGCGCUCGUAUUAUUUACAAGAUAAAACUAUUAAUGGACCAAAUAUUUUCCCUCGGAAAAGCGCAAUGACCUUUAACCUAUCCAUCAGGAUGUCCUCGAACUAAGCACAACGUCCUUUAACCUAUCCACUAGGAUGUCCUCAAACUAAGCACAAUGUCCUUCAACCUAUCCACCAGGAUUUCCUCAAACUAAGCACAAUGUUCUUCAACCUAUCCACCAGGAUGUCCUUGAACUAAUACAAUGUUCUUCAACCUAUCCACCAGGAUGUCCUCGAACUAAUACAAUGUCCUUCAACCUACCCACCAGGAUGUCCUCGAACUAACACAAUGUUCUUUAACCUAUCCAUCGCUCUGUCAUAAAACAAUCGAUCAUGACGUAACUUUGUUACACACGAUAUUUCUCCCCCCCCCCCACCAACCAGGUCCGAAAUGUCAUCCUGGCUGCCCGCUCACUGGGCAUGCGUGUGAGGGCGACGGGCGCUGGACACAGCAGGUCACCGCUGUAUGUGGACGAAGGGAACAUCAUGAUGGACGUACGGGACCUCCAGAGGCAUGACGGACCUUUCAUGGAGAUUAUUCCAAAGGUCAGACCAAUUUUUUUUUAACAGGAGAAAAUUAAAUUUUUGUGUUGAUAUUGUUUGUUGAGAUUCUGUGUUUAAUUUUUGUGUUGAUAUUGUUUGUUGAGAUUCUGUGUUUAAUUUUUGUGUUGAUAUUGUUUGUUGAAAUUCUGUGUUUAAUUUUUGUGUUGAUAUUGUUUGUCGAGAUUCUGUGUUUAAUUUUUGUGUUGAUAUUGUUUGUUGAGAUUCUGUGUUUAAUUUUUGUGUUGAUAUUGUUUGUCGAGAUUCUGUGUUAAAUGUUUGUGUUGAUAUUGUUUGUUGAGAUUCUGUGUUUAAUUUAUGUGUUGAUAUUGUUUGUUGAGAUUCUGUGUUUAUUUUUUGUGUUGAUAUUGUUUGUUGAGAUUCUGUGUUUAUUUUUUGUGUUGAUAUUGUUUGUUGAGAUUCUGUGUUUAUUUUUUGUGUUGAUAUUGUUUGUUGAGAUUCUGUGUUUAUUUUUUGUGUUGAUAUUGUUGGUUGAGAUUCUGUGUUUAUUUUGUGUGUUGAUAUUGUUUGUUGAGAUUCUGUGUUAAAUGUUUGUGUUGAUAUUGUUUGUUGAGAUUCUGUGUUUAAUUUUUGUGUUGAUAUUGUUUGUUGAGAUUCUGUGUUUAAUGUUUGUGUUGAUAUUGUUUGUUGAGAUUCUGUGUUUAAUGUUUGUGUUGAUAUUGUUUGUUGAGAUUCUGUGUUAAAUGUUUGUGUUGAUAUUGUUUGUUGAGAUUCUGUGUUUAAUGUUUGUGUUGAUAUUGUUGGUUGAGAUUCUGUGUUUAUUUUGUGUGGGUGUUGGUGUUUUUUUUUUUACUUAUUUUAAUGCAAGCCUAAAUUAAAAAAAAAUAUUGGUCUGAGAUUUUAGACGAGUUAGGAAAUAAAAAGAACAUUGAAUGGUUUGAUGAAACAAAGUUUAAAAAAAAAAAAAAUUACUUCAAAAGAAUUGAAGGAUUUAUUCCCUCAUUACGCACUUGCUUAUUUUCUUUUUAGAAUUCUAGUCCCCCUACUCCCACUCCAAGUUUUUUCCACACUCCCAGUCUUGACCCCACUACCAGUCUUGACCCCACUCUCAGUCUUGACCCCACUACCAGUAUUGAUCCCUCUCCCCAUUCUUGACCCCACUCUCUGUCUUGACCCCACUACCAGUAUUGAUCCCACUCCCCAUUCUUGACCCCACUCACAGUCUUGACCCCACUCACAGUCUUGACCCCACUACCAGUAUUGAUCCCACUCCCCAUUCUUGACCCCCCUCUCAGUCUUGACCCCCCUACCAGUAUUGAUCCCCCUCCCCAUUCUUGACCCCACUCACAGUCUUGACCCCACUCACAGUCUUGACCCCACUCCAACUCCCAGUCUUAACAAAACAAAAGCAAAAAAAAAAAACCAAAAAAAAACUAAAAACAACGGUUACCAAGCCAGACCAACGUUUAACAAACAAUGUGUCAGACCUGUGUCUGGUCAACACAUUAGCGACUGAACGAACCAUCCGGAAAAUGUCUAAUUUUUUGUUCUCUCCAAGCAUUAAUAAAACAUUGAUGAUGCGUCUCGCUACGAAACAUCAUUGCUCGCACCUAGCGUAUAGCCAUGCUGCAAAACUUUGGACUGAGAAGAUUAUUAUUAUGUAAGGUUGCCUGUAAAUUUAGUACGUUAAGGAAUUCAGCCCCCACUCCACCCACUCCCACCCCUUCCUACCACCUAAGUAGCUACGAAAACAGCCGCUUAAACUGUUAUAUGAAGAAAACCGGAUAAUCUACUUACAAACUGUCGUUUUUGUUUUUGUAGGUUUGUCUGGCCUACAUUUGCUUCCCCCCCCCCCUCCUCUUCAUCACAGUUUGAAAACAUCCCGGAGAGACGAUACAGAAAAAAACAAUAAUAAAACUUUCUUGGGAAACACGUCGCAUUAGAAUUCAGUGUUUCCCAAACUGUUUGCCCACCCGGGCGACCCCUAGGUACGCCACUCCACAUAUGGCUUGAGAUUCUCAGUCCGUGUCACGGGCGACCCCUAGGUACGCCACUCCACAUAUGCUUGAGAUUCUCAGUCCGUGUCACGGGCGACCCCUAGGUACGCCACUCCACACAUGGCUUGAGAUUCUCAGUCCGUGUCACGGACGACCCCUAGGUACGCCACUCCACACAUGGCUUGAGAUUCUCAGUCCGUGUCACGGACGACCCCUAGGUACGCCACUCCAGACAUGACUUGAGAUUCUCAGUCUGUGUCACGGGCGGCCCCUAGGUACGCCACUCCAGACAUGGCUUUAGACUUUGACUACAUAAUGGAAAUGCAUAAAAGGAUAGGUUUAUUUAUAAAUAGAUAUAAUAUGGUUACACCACUCAUGGGCACGGGGGUGAGUGUUCCCCGCACCAGAGCAUGUGAAGAAAAACUGCGCAUAGACUGACGUAGCUUAUCUUACACUGCAGUUGUUACUUUCUUAUGUCAACGGUCCUCUAUGGACGUCAAGUAAUGUAAGAAUUUCUAAUGUUUUAUUUACGCUGUACUUUUCCCAAAUCGAAAAUAAUGUUCAAUCUUUGCCCUCUCUCCCCCACCCCGCGUCACUUUUGUGUCUGCAGACGCCAGAGAGAAACUUUGCCACACUGAGGGCCAUGACGGGCGUCUACGAGAUUGAGAUGAACGAAUUUCUGAUCAAGAACAACUACACGAUCCUGGCAGAGCCCCUCAACGACCAGGAGACGCUGGGCGGGAUGGUGGCGGCCAGCACACACGUGAGUACACAUCGCCGUAUUCAUAAUAAUAAUAAUAAUAAUAAUAAAGCUCAUUUGAAAAUCACGCUUCAUCCCUAUAGGCUCGAAACGCGGUACAAAGUCAUCCAUAUGAAAAAAGAAUGAAAAAAGAAUCUAUAUUGUACCACAUUGAAAUAAAAACGCAACAUUACAAAAACUACAUACGAGAACACCCAUUCUAAGUCUUUCAUCCCUUGCAACCAUUAAAAAACACAGGCCUCUUCACAUCUAGGAGAUAAUAGCUAGCUGGAAAAGAUGGUAUACAAAUUCACCCCGACAGGUGUUUGCGAAAAAGAUAUGUUUUCAAAUCAGUUUUGAAAGACUCCAGUGUCAUCCACAUUAGAAGUGUCCUUAAUCGAGUCGGUACCAAUGUCCAAAAAACCUGAAACUGUUCACGAGACUUCCGAUCUGUUAACAGGUCAUAUUAUUUUGUUUUCGUAAUACAAUCCACACCAAAAAACACGCAAAUCAUCAACAACUUGAAACGAUGUCACACAAAAGUUGAAUGAAUAAUUUUAAAGAAAUUUAAAAAAUAAAAAAAAAAAAUUAAAAAAAAAUAAAAAAAAAAAAAAAAAAAAAAAAAAAAAAAAAACGAAAAAAAAAGAAAGAAAAAUCUGAUGAUAUUCCCAGGGUUCGACUUAUGAUGAGCCCACUUACAGUGGUAUCGUUGUAGAGAUGAGACUCAUCGACUCCCAGGGCCGACUCCGGAGGUUCACCCUCGAGAGGCAUCCCAUGAUCAUGAAGGCAGCCAUCUGUAACCUGGGCAUGUUUGGCAUUAUGUACGACAUCACGAUCAAAGUAAGUUGACGGCUAUCACGUGACGGAUAUCACGUGUCCAACAAAACCUCAUUGCGCAAACGAGGACCGAACACUGCCCGACACUGAGGUACCGACAUAGACUCGACAUAGACUCGACUCGAUUAUUAUGUUAUUAUUCUCUUAUUAACAUUCAAUAAAUUUAGACCAUUGAAAAAUUUUUCAAAUUUAACAACUAUAUAAAAAAUCCAGUUCCUAAUAAAAAUAAUUUGUAAAUAUAAAACCUUUUUUUUAAAAAAAAAAACGAAAAUUAAAAACUGUUAGAGGGGAAAAAAAAGGAACUUUGACAGUCUACGGUUAAACAUGAAUGUCUUAUGUUUGCAGAUCCAACCAGCCAUCAUUGUAAAGGUUGUCAACACGUUUGUCCCACUGAAAGACCUCAUCCAGAACCAGGCGGCGCUCAAGGCCCAGAUCAGUGGGAAUUUUAUGAACGAGAUCUCUUGGUUCCCCUUCAACAACCUGUCCCCAGAUGAAGAGGCGUUCUAUCGUCGUACAGGAAAGGCCCCAGAUACAUGGAAUGCUGGAAAGGAUAUUCUUUGGGUCAGGUAAGAUUAUUAUAAAAAAGGUUUUAAAAAAAAACAGAAAACAAAAUCUGGAUUAUUUUUUGGAAGCAUUAAGUUUAUUUUUAAAGUCAUUUAAGCUGGGUCCUGGGUGGCCGAGUGGUCUGAACUUCAAUCUCCACUAAAGCCUAGCAACAACAAAAAAAGAUCGUUAAUCUUGGAUUUCAACUCAUCUAAGAGUAAGAGAACGAAACUCUGAAUUCAAACCCGGAGACGGAGUCCCGUAGGCGGAUAGCAUUGACACAAUGAACUAUUCCAAAAACUCCUCCGAUGCUAUCGGUGCCAAGCUGUAUCCUCCCUUGGGUUAUCUUGGUGCGUGGAGAGAGGCGAUUAGCUGUCUAGGGAACCAGCUGAUAGUCCUAAAAAAAAUAAAAAUCCCAGGCCUUAUGAUUUCGUCCUGUCAAGUCUACACCAUCGUCACAUUGUGAUGGUCGGAUGCCGUACAAGAAAAGGAAGUUGGUCAUGGACCUAAACAAGCUUCGUCUGAUUUCUAAUUCCUUUUUUUUUUUUUUUUUGCUUUGUGAAGGAGUUGCGUAGUUAAUCUCUGCUCCAUUGUAUUUAAUAAAAGGGGAAGGGGGGGAAUGUAAGUUGCCUACAUUCGAUGAAUGAAGAAAACAGCUCCUUGAAAACUGAAAUAAUUCGAUUGUCAAAGUUUGGUCUGAUUUCUAAUUCCUUUUUUUUUUUUUUUUGCUUUGUGAAGGAGUCGCGUAGUUAAUCUCUGCUCCAUUGUAUUUAAUAAAAGGGGAAGGGGGGGAAUGUAAGUUGCCUACAUUCGAUGAAUGAAGAACACAGCUCCUUGAAAACUGAAAUAAUUCGAUUGUCUCAGAUUCUAGGCGAGAUAUCCGAUUUCAGCUGCCCGGGGCUGAGGGUAAAUUACUGCAAAUUUUCUUCAAAGAUGUAGAAACAUUAAUCAUAAAUUAAGAAAGACAAGAUAAAUAUUUAUUUUUAAAAUAUGUUUUUUUGAGAAACUAUACAGCAGAAUGACAAUAGACACGAGUAUAACGUGAUUCGCAGCACCUAUGCAUAAAAUAACUGACGACAAUAUUUAAUAAACACAAAUUGAAGACAUGCCCAUUGAAACAAUUUCUUAACACUUUUACCAAACAUAAAUUAACCACAGCAGCCAUUAAGAAUGCUAUCUUUUGUUUCUCUUUGGGCUCUUCAGACUUUAUAGUAAUAAAGAAAAUGCUACGAUGCAGUCAGGGACGUCAUUAUGGUAGGGCUGGGUGGGACAUUUGCCACCCCCCCCCCCUUUUGAAUUUGCAUGUUUUAUUUAAAUUGAUAUGUACUGUGGCGCCUCCGGUUAUAAAAUAAAUAUAAGAACGAAGGUUUGCCAAAAUUGAAUUCAUGAACAGGACAAACAAUUUUAACGUUUCGGCUUAGAGGCUUCAUCAGAAAACAAGACAAAAAGAAGUAUAACAAGUAUCAGAUCACAGUAAAAAAAAAAACCUCACGUAAUAAACAACUUAACAAGCCGACCAAGUUUUGAUUUAGCUCCCCCCCCCCCCCAACCUCUUUAAAAAAAAACCUGAAAUGGGUGCCACUGGAUGUAGUUUUUCAGUCAAGGUCAUUCACUACCUGUCACAACAACGACAUGAAAUAGCCCCGCCCUCUGCUUUCUCCCUGCAGAACCAUCAACCCCGUGAAUGCAUCUGAAAUGGUCGGGAAAAAUCUGACCGGCUCAAUCUACCUACCCAGCAACGGUUCAUUGGCAGGUGGAACUGAGACUGGACUCUUGAAAGCUAAGGUAAUUUAAAAAAAAAAAAAAUUAAUUAAAAAAUAAUAUUUUAAUAGCGAUAAUUUUGUAUUGCCUUAUUAGUAAACACACAUGUCAAAUGAAUGGUGUCAGAGAAACAAGUCUAUUGCUGGAACUUGGUCAUCAGAAGUUAGAACAUGAUUAAAAUAAAUUGUAUUGUGUAAUAAGUAUGAGCUUAUUUUAACAUGUGAUCAUUGGCUUGUUCCCCCCCACCACCCCCCCCAGGGCUCCGUGAACUUGGCCAGGCAAAUCCCAGAGGUCAGCUACCAGUACCUGGUCCACGCCUUCCCUAUCAUCUUGCCCCCCAGGUGGGGAGUGGAGACCAGCGCUGCCUUCAUGGUCAACAUUGAUAACAGUUUUGACAGGCCUUUCAGAGCUCUCAAUGUAAGUCCAACGGAGGCGGCCAUCUUGCUGUGUGUGGCUGUACACGUAGAGUUGCAUGGCUAGGCCCAUUGGCUGAUUACCAUUUGAAUGGGGCAGAUGACACUUUAAUUGGCACACCACCGUUUGAAUGGGGCAGAUAACACUUUAAUUGUCAGAUCACCGUUUGGUGGGGCAGAUUACAAUUUAAUUGGCGGAUCGCCGUUUGAUGGGGCAGAUUAAAAUUUAAUUGGCAGAUCACCGUUUGAUGGGGCAGAUUAAAAUUUAAUUGGCACAUCACCGUUUGGUGGGGCAGAUUAAAAUUUAAUUGGCAGAUCACCGUUUGAUGGGGAAGAUUAAAAUUUAAUUGGUGGAUCGCCGUUUGGUGGGCAGAUUAAAAUUUAAUUGUCAGAUCACCGUUUGGUGGGCAGAUUACACUUUAAUUGUCAGAUCACCGUUUGGUGGGGCAGAUUACAAUUUAAUUGGCGGAUCACCGUUUGGUGGGCAGAUUACACUUUAAUUGUCAGAUCACCGUUUGGUGGGGCAGAUUAAAAUUUAAUUGACGGAUCACCGUUUGGUGGGCAGAUUACACUUUAAUUGUCAGAUCACCGUUUGGUGGGGCAGAUUAAAAUGUAAUCGGCAGAUCACCGUUUAAUUCCCCGCCCGUUACUUAUUAUGCAACGUUAUGCAUUUAUUUUGAAAAUAAGCCAUGCAAUUUAUUGAAGGUAUAUAAUUAUAUAACUUCUAAAUUAAUCCCAAUUAUCGUAAUAGAGCUUCUAUUUGGGUAAUUAAAAUUAUAGAGCACUCAAUUUCGGUAAUUAAAAUGACCGAGUGAACUAACGGAUUUAGCGCCCCUUAGAUUCCCUAACGUUUCAAUCUUGCACCCGGACUCCUUAUUGCCACCACUUACAGGCGUUAUGUUGAAACACAAGUGACGUGGCCACACAUUUUUACAAAUACAAUUUUAAUAUGGGGUGGGUUUACAAAUUGGAUGCAUUACAUGAAAAUAAGUUGCCCAUGAUAUGACGAAAAGUAGAAUCUUAUCUUGUAAUUUUGGAAUGAUUUUACAAAAAAUAAGUUAGUUUAAAAAAAAAAAAUUAUAAACAGUUUAAACACACCUUAUAAUUGUAUAAUUGUAUAAUUCAAUGAUCAACAAAUGGAUAUUCUUCAUUUCAGUACAUGGUGAACAAGACAGAGACCCAGAUUAGGAUGAACGCUUCCACUCCCAUGAACGCCUUACUGCCCAGGUGGUUCAAGAACCACAAAUGUUGCCUCUGUCCCGGAAAUGAGGAGAUAACUAUGCCAGAUGAUUCUGGGAAAACCCUAGUCAUCGACUUCUUGGCGCCCCCUGCACAGUAUGGAUUCUAUCCAGCUGCUGAAGCUGUGAGUACCUUCCUUCUGACGUAAUCCUUUCUUUUAUAGUGUAAUGGAGUUUUGUUCAAUCCAAGUGCGACACUAGGGUUGGUGAGCUCCCCCCCCCCCUUUUUUUUUCUUCUAGACUUUCUAAGGAGCUUCACCAAGUCUGACUGCUCUGUCACACUCCUUAAUACUUAAUAAGGGCAGUCAAAACUAUUCGUUUGUGGCAAAAAAGGAUUUACAAAGUAGUAAAGUUGUCUGAAAUGAAUUUGAGUUAUCUGACAUGGAUUUGAGUUAUCGGACAUGGAUUUGAGUUAUCUAACAUGGAUUUGAGUUAUCUGACAUGAUUUGAGUUAUCUGACAUGAUUUGAGUUAUCUGACAUGAUUUGAGUUAUUCACAGGGAUUUGAGUCACCUGACAAGGAUUACAGAUUUUUUCCAGAACAGUAUAAAAAUUUAAUUUUAAAAAAUUUUGUUGCAGAAAAAAUUAUCUUCAUUUCUAUUACAUAUUUAUUUGCAGUUUGUCGAAGAGUUCAAGGCUGAAAAAGUUCGACCCCAUUGGGGCAAACGCCAUGACAAUAUCCCGGGAAUUAUUGACGUCAUUAAGAAUGUCUACGGAGGGCUUCUCGGUGAAUUCCAAACUCAAAGGCGAUUGGCUGAUGUUGACCCCUGUGAUAUGUUUAUGAACUCUUACUUACUGGCCAUAUUUGGACGAAGUCCCAAUUGCUAAGUUUGUAAUAUACACACUACAGCUCAAAUUUUAAAUGGUCAGAAAGAUCUCUACAAUAUUAUAAAAAAAUUAAACAUUUUAACCAUAACCAUACCAUUGGCUAUUUACUAUAAAAACCGUACAAAAUUAAUUUGGCACCGUCCUCUAGCAGGUCAGUGUUUCAUUAAAUUUUCAGUAAGAAAUCUUGCCAGAUUGUUAUUAGACUAUUAUUAACUUUAAAAAAAAAAAUUUUUUUAAUAUACAUUGACGAAUGGCUCUGUUGUGUACUGAGUUCUUUCUUUUUUUCAAUAGGCAUUUUAAAAUGUUUUCCCCAUUCGCUUAAUUAACUAUAAUAAAAUGUAUUUCUCUGAGCACAUGAAGUUACAAUUCUUUCAAUAACUUUCUUGAGUGAUUGCUUCAUCUCAAAUCAAUCAAUAUCAUCCUGUCGGUGUGAAAGAACGUAUGGUGCAGUGGGGAGGCUCCCCCCCCCCCCCCAAAUUCCCAAAGAGUUGCGCUAAAUGAGAUUCUUAAAAAACAUAGCAAGUGCGUUUGGUGUGUAAUAUUUACUCUUGUUUUACUGAGAUGGUUUAAAUUUAAAUAUGGUGGUUUAAUAAAUCUGCGGUGUAAAAGGAGUGCGGCACGUAGGCUACUUGGGGGAGGGGGUAAGGGGGGCAGAACUAUUGGGAUUCUUAUAAAGUGCGUUACUUGAAUGCAUGUUUUGCCAAGAAGCUUGAGUAGAUGGGAAGUUCACGCUUUACCGCAUUUGUUUGGCAGGCUAUAAUAACUAGUUAUGAAAUAUAACAAUAUACGCAAGAUAUAUGAGUUUUUUUCCUUCCUUUGAGCUAUGUUUAGAAUCAUCAUGGGGUUGUCGCUCCCUUACAAAAUGUAUUUUUUUUUUUUUUAAAAUUGGUUGUGCCGAUACCUUGACUUAGAAAAGGGAAAUCAAAACAUUCAUGUUAUCGAGAGUUUGGUCCCCUCCACCAUUUCAAGACAUAUCAUCAUCAGCUUUAACUUUGACGUCAUUUCUAGGAGAAUUAUUUUUUACAUGUGUUGAAUUUGUGGCUGUUUGCAAACAUAAGUAUAUUGUAUGAUAUUUUCUUUUAAAUUCUGCCAAUAUCUGUGCCUGUUUGCAAUCAUAAGUAUAUUUUAUGACAUUUUCUUUUAAAAUCUGCCAAUGUCUUUUCAACUUUUUUAUGUUUUAAAAUUGUACUUGUUUAAUGAUGAGUUUGAAUGUGUAUUUGAUUGUCUUUGGUAGUUUCCCACCUCAGAUAGUUGCCUGCUUGAGAUGGUUUUAUAAUUUUAAGACAAAUGUGCGCUUUGAGUGUUGAAGUGAAAGGUAACCAUGCAUAUAACCAUUUUGUUAUUACUGUUUAUGAUUGAGAUUUGCUUGUUAUUUUGAUGUACAUAUACAUUUUGAAUUGAAAUAAAAGCAAUUUAUUGUUGAUUUUGUAAUAAAAUUUCCGCAUCUGAAACUAC